AUGAUAGAUGAUUGCUUUGUGCCUGGCGUCGUAUUAGAUACGGCCCGAGUCAUGGAGCGUGUGCGCUACGCCAAUAUUGUUGAUAUCAGCAAUAUUGGUUUUGCAGGCGAGCGAGGGCGUGAGGGUGAGAGUGACACAUGGCCCACACGAGUCACCGUCAAGACGCCAAUGUUUGCCAAGAUGCGGGGGGCAAGCAUUGCAGAAGCUUAG